UCAGUGCCACAACUUCUGUAGCAGGAGAAACAGAAUCUCACUUUCUCUGUACUCUUUCUGAUAUCUAAUGCCUUCCUUAGCUUUGUCGGAGGCCAAAGAGAUGAAAGAGGAGAAGAAGUUGAAGAAGAAAAUUGCUCUGGAAACACCAGACACCGAUAACAAGAGCAAGAAGCACAAGGAGUCGAAGAAGAAGCGUAAGGUGGUGGAAAUGGAGGAGGAUGAUGAGGUGAAGAGCGAGACGAGUUCUGAGCUUGUCGAGCCUGUCGAUUUGAAGGAGAAGGAGAAGGAGAAGGAGAAGGAGAAGGAGAAGAAGAAGAAGAAAAAGAAGGCGAAGGUGGAGGAGGAGGCGGAGCAAGAGGAAGGGAAGAGUGAGGAUCCUAAUGCGGUCUCCAGGUUUCGGAUUUCUGAGGUGUUGAGGGAGAACCUGAAGUCUAAGGGAAUUGAAUCUCUGUUUCCCAUCCAAGCCAUGACCUUUGAUAUGAUUUUCGAUGGCUCUGAUUUGGUUGGACGCGCACGUACUGGUCAGGGUAAGACGUUGGCUUUUGUGUUGCCCAUAUUGGAGUCUUUAACAAAUGGGCCUGCAAAAGCAUCAAGGAAGACUGGAAAUGGCAGGGCACCCAGCGUUCUUGUACUUUUACCAACUAGGGAGUUGGCUAACCAGGUGUAUGCUGACUUUGAAGUUUAUGGUGGGGCAUUGGGUUUGGCAUCGUGCUGUUUAUAUGGAGGGGCUUCUUACCAAGCUCAAGAUAUGAAAUUGAGGAGAGGGGUUGAUAUAGUUGUUGGAACCCCUGGACGCAUAAAGGAUCACAUAGAGAGGGGCAAUAUUGACUUCAGAUCAUUAAAGUUUCGUGUACUAGAUGAGGCUGAUGAAAUGCUAAGAAUGGGGUUUGUUGAAGAUGUCGAACUCAUAUUAGGCAAGGUAGAGGACGUGACUAAAGUUCAGACACUCCUCUUCAGUGCCACCUUGCCGGACUGGGUGAAGAAUAUUGCAGCAAGGUUCCUUAAACCAAGUAAAAAAACAGUUGAUCUUGUUGGUAAUGAGAAAAUGAAGGCUAGUACCAAUGUAAGACAUAUAGUCCUGCCCUGUUCUAAGACAGCAAUGUCUCAGCUAAUUCCAGAUGUAAUUCGCUGUUAUAGUAGUGGUGGCCGCACAAUUGUCUUUACUGAGACUAAGGAUUCUGCUUCUGAGCUUGCUGGAUUGUUGCCUGGAGCACGGGCUUUGCAUGGGGACAUACAGCAGGCUCAGCGUGAGGUCACCCUUAAGGGCUUCCGGUCAGGCAAGUUUGCAACUCUAGUGGCUACAAAUGUGGCAGCACGGGGAUUGGAUAUCAAUGAUGUGCAGUUGAUUAUUCAGUGUGAGCCUCCGCGUGAUGUUGAGGCCUAUAUCCAUCGAUCUGGACGAACAGGAAGAGCAGGCAAUACUGGUGUUGCUGUGAUGCUUUAUGAUCCUAGAAGAUCAAAUAUAUCUAAGAUAGAACGUGAAUCUGGGGUGAAAUUUGAGCACAUAUCUGCUCCUCAGCCAGUUGAUGUUGCGAAAUCGGCUGGCCAAGACGCAGCAGAAACUAUAACCCAAGUAUCUGAUAGUGUAAUUCCGGCCUUCAAGUCUGUUGCUCAGGAGCUGUUGAAAAAUUCUGGACUAUCAGCUGAAGAUCUACUUGCAAAAGCUCUUGCCAAGGCUGCGGGUUACACUGACAUAAAGAGUAGAUCACUUCUUACAUCCAUGGAAGACCAUGUUUCAUUGCUCCUUGAAGUUGGUAAACCGAUCUACACACCAUCAUUUGCAUAUGGUGUCUUGAGGAGAUUCUUGCCUGAGGAAAAGGUUGAGUUGGUGAAGGGUCUGACACUCACUGCUGAUGGAAAUGGUGCUGUGUUUGAUGUGGCAAAAGAAGAUUUGGAUAUGUUUCUUUCUGGUGCGGAAAAUGCAGGUGGUGUUAGCUUGGAUGUGUUGAAAGAAUUGCCUCGAUUGCAAGAGAGGGACCAAUCCAGAGGAAGAUUUGGGUUUGGUAGUGGUGGCCGGGGUGGCUUUGGUGACAGAAAUAGCGGCAGAGGUGGUGGUAGGUUCUCAGGAGGAAGAGGUGGCAGAGGUGGAUCCUCUGACCGAAGGAAUAAUCGGUACUCAAAUGGUUGGAGUGGUGGUCGAGGCCGCAACUAAGGAAUGAUGACAAUUUCUUCAAUAUGAGAGUAUGGGUGGACUACAACUUCUGAUUUGAAUUUUUUUCUAUCAUUUUUUCCGCUCUCAAUAUAGUGAUUUAAUUAUAGUUUUCCUUUUAUUUACAACAGCCACAUGUUGGCGAAAUUUUGCUGAAAAUGUGAAGGUUACAUUUGACACACUGUAUUCUUUGGUACAAUAUAUUAUAAAGCAGAGAAAAUAAAGUGUCUUAUAUUAU